UUCUGUUUCUGGAGAGGGAGGAGAAAGGACUACAUGGAGGACUACAGUGCGCUGUUUCUGCACAAAAUAUGACCCGGGUAGAGUCUCUCGCGUUUGUUAGGAAACAAUGAAGUGUCCUUAGAGAGUGUGUGUGGCUUUUUUAAAUCGGCAAACAGGAAAAAGGGGGCUCAGAAGUGGAGGCGCUCCUCCGAGUUUUAGUCCCCCCGUACGCUGGAGCCGCUGCUGUUGCCAGUUUCUCGGAGAAAAGGACGGAUUCAGCAGAGGAAAAAGACCGGAGAAGAACUUUGUGCAAGAUGCAGGGGGUUUCAGCAACUGACCUCCCUGCCUCCUCGCUGCAGUACCAGUGCGGAUCAGUGGACUACCUGUGUUCUCCACGGCUGGUAAAGAAAGGUCCGACCCCCAGACCAUGUCACGACAGGCCAGCCAUCAAACCCCGGCCCCAGCCCUCCACCUUACCCAGACCGCCAACCGCACAGAAACCUCAAGUGCCCCCUAAACCUUCGCACCUGCUCGCCCUUGGGCAAGACAAGAAGCCGAAGAGGAUCCCUCCACCACCAUCCAGGCCUCUGCCAGCUCCCCCUCCUCCGCCUAAACCAAAGCCCAGUCUAACUCCUCCUGGCUUGGGAGCACAGCCACAGAAAGAGGCCCAGAAGGUGGGGCUGCUUAUCGAGAGGUUCGAGAAUUCAAGGGUCCCCAUCCUGGGGGUGCUCCCACGGUCCCAGCUGCACCUGUGUCUGAAGAUGGACACUGCGUCUGACAUCACUUCCUCCUGCGCUCAGGACACCACGGCAAAGGUCGCAGGAGACUCCUCCCCCGUGGACAAACUUGCACUUGGCACCUCCGAACGGACUCACGAUGUGUCUGAACUUUCCUGUCUGGCUUCUGUGCACAUUGAUGGCUCAGAUGAUGCCCCACUGGACGACUGUGAUAUCUCACACAGCGUCGGUUGCCUUGACGACGUGGAGCGGGAGGAAGGCUCCUCCAACGAGCUCCUGGACAAUCCGGACUCCUCCGAGCAAAACGGGAAGAUCCCAAACCGGGACAGUGGCAUCGAUAGCCCAUCCUGUGCAGCAGAAGGAGAGGUGUUCCCCAACGAGGAUGCCAUCGACGAGGAGGACCAUUACGACAGCGUCACUGAAACAGAGAGUGUGUCCUGCUGCGUUACUCUGGGCAACAAGCGAGACUCAACGCAGGAUGAGGACAGUGACUUGGAUGAGGGGAGCAGUGGAGAAAUGCACUCUCUGACAGACACACAGACUGGCUAUCUGACAGAUGCACACUCAGAGGCGCAUAAAUGCUCAGAGGCUCAGAAGCUCCUGAACAUCGCCAAAGAGCUUCUCCAAACUGAAGAGGCCUAUGUCAAAAGACUCAACCUCCUCGACCAGGUAUUUUGCACUAAGCUCACAGAGGCUGGAAUCCCUCAGGACGUGAUUACAGGGAUCUUCUCCAACAUCUCCUCCAUCUACUGCUUCCAUGACAAGUUCCUGCUGCCUGAGCUCAAGACACGCAUCACUGGAGAAUGGGACUCCAACCCUCGUAUUGGAGACAUCCUCCAGAAACUGGCUCCGUUCAUGAAGAUGUACGGAGAGUAUGUGAAGAACUUUGACCGAGCCAUGGACCUGGUCAACACCUGGACGCAGCGGUCUUCACAGUUCAAGAGUGUGGUCCAGAAUAUACAGAAACAGGAUGUGUGUGGGAACCUGACGUUGCAGCACCACAUGCUGGAGCCGGUCCAGAGGAUUCCUCGCUACGAGCUGUUGCUCAAAGACUACCUGAAGAAGCUGCCUGAAGACACUCUGGACCGAAAAGACGCAGAGAAGGCACUGGAGCUAAUCUCGACUGCAGCUAACCAUUCCAAUGCAGCAAUCAGGAAAAUGGAGAAGAUGCACAAACUGCUGGAGGUUUAUGAGAGGCUCGGAGGAGAGGAGGACAUAGUUAACCCAGCCAAUGAGCUCAUCAAAGAAGGACAUAUCAAGAAGAUGUCAGCCAAAAAUGGAACAGCACAAGACCGAUACCUCUACUUGUUCAACAAUAUGGUGCUAUACUGCGUGCCUAAACUCAGACUGAUGGGACAGAAGUUCAGUGUCAGAGAGAGGAUUGAUAUCGCUGGCAUGGAGGUGCAGGAGAAUGUGAAGCAGAACCUUCCUCACACAUUUGCCAUCAUUGGCAAGCAGCGCUCACUGGAGCUGCAAGCCAGGACAGCAGAGGAGAAAGAAGAUUGGAUUCAGGUGAUCCUGGCCACGAUCGAACGGCACAAACAAAACAGCGAAACAUUCAAUAAAGCUUUCAACAGCUCCUUCUCCCGGGAAGAUGACCACCCCCCUGAGUCACCGGGUCCCUGGUGCAACACAUCCAUCGACUCAGACAGUGAAAGACUGCAUGAAAGGAAGAGUUCCAGGAAAAAGGACAAAGAGAAGCAAACGUGUAAAGGCUGCAACGAGAGCUUCAAUUUCACCAAGCGCAAACACCACUGCAAGUCCUGCGGAGCGGCCAUCUGUGCAAAGUGUUCAAAGACCUUGGACAACAAAACAAGCCGAGUGUGCCCGGAGUGUUUCGAAGCCAGCCUCAGCCUGGAGACUCUAGGUGUUAGUGAACAGAAGAGGAAAGCUGCGCCUGAGAGACAGACAUCUCUAACGGGGGAGAACUGCCUGCUAUGUGGCCACCUUCAAGUGCAGGAGAAAGGGAAGAGCUGGUCCAAGAUGUGGGUGGCCGUCACCAAGGCUGAGCCACUGGUGCUGUACUUGCAGAGCAACGGGCAGGACUCCAAGGGGGCAAGGGUGGUGCCUCUCCCUGGGUUUGAAGUGAGCGUCGUACCACCAUCAGGAGGCGAGAAAUCGGAGAUCAAACACUCACUCCGGCUCAGUCACACCCAGCAAACUUUGCUCUUAAGUGCCCAAGAUGCAGAACUCCAGGCCAAGUGGGUGGACGUCCUGUCCAAAGCCGCCCGCGGAGAAACACCCAUAGAUGCAUCGACGAGCCUGACUGAACACAGGAAGAGCCAGUAGUGGCCGUGUCGGAGCCGCAGGACUCACUCCCUCCUCCCUCCUUCUCCUGUGUAUAGAGCACACAUUACUUGAAUUCACUUUACCUUGGCACUUUUUGUUUCUUUUUAUUUUUUCCUCCCCCUUUUGAAAGGACCACUCAAUCCUUCCUAUGCCACUUCAAUCUUCUCAUGACCACACGGCUUCUUCUCUCUGUACCUUCCUGUCUCUGUCGAACACACAGAAAAACAAGGACUACGCUAUCAAGCCACCAACACCACUGUAUGUAUGUGUGGUUAGGAUAUUUUAGUGUUUUCAAAAACCGCCGGAGAGGACUAAAUGUUUUAUUUGUAAUAUAGCUGAAGAAGGUUCCUGUAUUUCUUUUUUUUAAAGAUGAAGUUUCUUGUACAUUACGCGACUGUGUUGUGAAGCAUUAAAUCUUAUGUGUUCGUCUUUCCAUUUGUGCGAACGUAUGUAUGUGUGUGUGUGUGUGUGUGUGUGUGUGUGUGUGCGUGAUUCGAGUGCGAGUCCCCUCCCGUGUUUAAGUAUUGAAUGUUAGUGUAAGAAACCUGCGCCACCUCUCUGUUCUCUUCACUCCUGCUGGGGACACAGUGGCAGUUCAGUGGGUGUUGUACAGUAUGUAUACUAUAGUGCGAUGUAAGGAAACAAAGAAAAAACAGAAGACAUUUUAACUUAAGAAGACACAGAUGUGUACGCUUGUGGCUGGCCACCUGAUGCUCCCACUGUCAGCUCCCAUCUUACAGACCCUCUCUUCACACUUCUCUCAUCUAUAUAGGUAACAACUCCCCCCUGUCAUUGUCUUUGGACUCUGAGACCUCCAGUCUGAUCCACCACAUUUCCACUCUGUCAUGAUUGUGAGAGUACACAGCCAGAAUGGGAUCAAGUGGCCUCUAUUCUGACCCUGUGUUGCAGGUUCAGUCCCUCACCAUCUCUACCUGUACUUAAUAAAUCAUUUCCAUUUACUUCUCUCUCUCUUUCUUAGCAUAGCAACUGUCUGCCUGCUUCUCUCCCUUUGGUGAUGUGAUGGAAACCAAGUACUGUACUGUAAAACUGUUAAUUCUGCCUUGCCCCCCGAACCCCGCUCCUCUAUCAGCCACCAGCCUUUAAGCAAAAGUAGCAAAAAAAAUCUUGUCAUUGGAUCUCUUUGUGCAUGUAAACUCACUCAUAUUUAUGUACCGUGCUCUGAAAUCUUGCUCCCCGCCCCUCUUUUUAUGCUCCAGAAUUCAUUCUUGUCGUACUGUAUGUGAGCAGCAGUGAGUGUUUUAAAACAUGGAUUGUGCACAGUGGAAAAGCAGUCGAGCAUAUCAUCAAUAAACAGACGUUGUGAUUCAUUCAGUA